UUGCUUUAAGUGAAAGUAGGCUCUAAUUAUUAUAUUAAUUAAAAAAUAAAAAUUCGAUUGUCAAAAUCAUCUUCCAAAUUCCCAUUGUUAUAUAGAGUGGGGGUAGGAGGACAACGAAAAGAGAGUCAACGAGAAGUUUAACAAUCUCAGCCCAACAUUUGUUCAUUUUGUGUAGUACAACAAAGUUUUGUACUACUACUACUCUGCCAGUACAGGAAAAAUAAUGUCUCUAAAGUGUCAGAAAUUUCCCAGUUUUUAAUUCGUCACAUUUCUAUAAAUUCCCAAUCUUGCCUCUUUUCUUCAAUUCAUCUAAAUUUCUCUGCUCAUUUUCUUGUCAAUUCUUUCCAUUUCUGUUUCAUUUUGGUUUUUGAUCAAAGAACAAAAAUACCCAUUUGAUGAUUUGGGGCUUUUGUUGGCUUUGUUGCAAAUUGAUUGAAUAAUCCAGAUACCCAUUUGCUUGCAUUCGUACUUAUGCUGAAGAAUUUCAUGAUUUUAUUGGAGCAAUUAUAAUUGAGGGUUUGUCGUCACAGAAUCUGAAUUAUUGUUUUUUGGGUGGCAAAAAGCUAACAGUGUUUGAGUGAGGAAAUGGGGAGUGAUGGUGAAGUGAGAGAGAUGGAGAGAGAAGAUUAUGAGGAGCAGAACAGGGUGCAAGAUGAAAUAAAGAGAGUGCCACCAUGGCAAAAACAGAUUACUAUAAGAGGAAUAAUUGCCAGUAUACUAAUUGGGGUAAUUUACAGUGUGAUAGUGAUGAAACUGAAUCUGACAACAGGUCUUGUUCCUAAUCUGAAUGUAUCAGCUGCUCUUCUUGCAUUUGUUCUUCUUAGAAGUUGGACUAGUUUGCUUCACAAACUUGGGAUUUCAACCACUCCUUUUACUAGACAGGAGAACACUGUUGUUCAAACUUGUGCUGUUGCUUGCUACAGUAUUUCUGUUGGAGGCGGGUUUGGAUCAUAUCUAUUGGGUCUGAAUAAGAACACAUAUGAGCAAGUCGGGGUUGAUACAGAGGGAAAUUACCCGAAUAGCUAUAAGGAGCCUCGAAUUGGUUGGAUGACCGGAUUUCUUUUCGUUAGCAGUUUUGUAGGGUUGCUGGCUUUGGUUCCAUUAAGAAAGAUCAUGAUAAUAGACUACAAGCUAAGUUACCCGAGUGGAACUGCAACAGCAGUUCUGAUAAAUGGUUUUCACACCCCUAAAGGAGACAAGAUAGCCAAGAAACAAGUUCGUGGUUUUGUGAAAUAUUUCUCUCUCAGUUUCGUAUGGGGUUUCUUUCAGUGGUUCUAUACUGGUGGAGAUCAAUGUGGCUUCUCUCAGUUUCCAACAUUUGGGUUGAAAGCGUGGAAAAACUCAUUUUACUUUGAUUUUAGUAUGACCUAUAUUGGAGCCGGUAUGAUAUGUUCUCAUCUAGUAAACCUGUCACUGCUUCUCGGUGCUGUUCUUUCGUGGGGAGUAAUGUGGCCACUUAUCGGGGACCUUAAAGGAAAAUGGUUCCUGUCGUCACUGCCAGAAAGUAGCAUGAAGAGUCUGAAUGGAUACAAGGUUUUCAUCUCCAUUUCCCUGAUCCUAGGAGACGGGCUCUACAAUUUUCUCAAGAUACUAUUCUUCACCAUCCGGAGCAUCCACAUGCGUUUGAAGGGAAAAAACCUCAACUCGUGUCCAAAUGACCAAAAACGUUCACUUGAUGAUCUUCAAAGGAACGAGUUCUUCAUGAGAGAAAGAAUUCCCAUAUGGCUUGCAUGUUCCGGCUACACAUUCUUCUCCAUAAUCUCAAUCAUCAUAAUCCCUAAAAUGUUCCCCGAGUUGAAAUGGUACUAUGUUGUUGCGGCCUACAUAUUAGCCCCUUCACUCAGCUUUUGCAAUGCCUAUGGAGCCGGUUUAACAGACAUGAACAUGGCCUACAAUUACGGAAAAGUAGCCCUUUUCGUGCUUUCUGCUUUAGCAGGUAAAGAUUCCGGUGUAGUUGCAGGGCUCGUAGGCUGUGGUCUGAUCAAAUCCAUAGUUUCCAUAUCAUCUGAUCUGAUGCAUGAUUUCAAGACGGGCCACCUGACCCUCACCUCCCCUCGGUCAAUGCUUCUUAGCCAAGCAAUCGGGACAGCAGUUGGGUGUGUGGUGGCCCCACUCACGUUCUUCCUCUUUUACAAGGCGUUUGACGUUGGCAACCCCGAUGGGGAGUACAAAGCUCCCUACGCCCUCAUAUACCGGAACAUGGCCAUUCUCGGAGUACAAGGCUUUUCAGCUUUACCUCAACACUGCUUACAGUUAUGUUAUGCAUUUUUCGGGUUUGCUGUUGUGGCUAACUUGGUGAGGGAUUUUUCUCCUAAAAAGAUUGGGAAGUGGGUCCCACUUCCGAUGGCAAUGGCCGUGCCUUUCCUAGUAGGGGCUUAUUUUGCCAUCGACAUGUGUGUGGGUAGCUUGGUGGUGUUUGUGUGGCAUAGGUUAAACAGUCAGAAAGCGAGUUUGAUGGUUCCUGCAGUUGCUUCAGGACUGAUAUGUGGAGACGGGUUAUGGAUUCUUCCGUCAUCAAUACUUGCCUUGGCGAAGCUUAAGCCUCCUAUGUGUAUGACCUUUCAAUCCUCUUAGGUAACAUUUUGCUGCUAAUAUGGAAGUUCAAUUUUGGAAAAAUUUUGCACUAAAGAGAAUUACAAGUAACAAGACAGAAUCCGAAUCUGUAAAUACGAUACAGGUUACAUAGAAGCGAAAACAUAAACACAUACAACAGUGGUGUGAUAAUAUUGAUCUAACCAUCUCAGUUUGGGCUAGGUGGUGUAAAUAUACAUAUAUGUAUGAAGCAAUUGGUAAUGUUCAAAUCUCAUAGUUUAGUUGCUUAUUAGCUUUCCAUGGUAGUCUGCAGAAGUGCAGAUGCUAUACUAAUAGUUUAUUUAGAAUAUAUUUUCAUUUUUAGGGAUUAAAUUGUACAGCACUAUGCAUUCAAUAUUUGAAAUAAGAUAACUUCAUAGUGUAGCUUACCCUUUGAAUAAAUAUUAAUUAUUAUCGGCUACUAAACAAGUCGUUAUUGCUUUAGAA